UUCCCAUUCUUCUUCUUCUUCAAUGUUAAAAGUUGGGAGACUCUUUGGAGCUGCAAUGGCUUCUAUUGCAGGAUCCAAUGUCCUUCCUGUCAAAUCUGUUGGGAAAUUCGGACCUCAAUGCACAUUGAAAAGCUUGUUUUCUUCAUCUGGUCCUUAUCAAAAUUUUGUUGAUAGUUCUUGGCAGCUUGAUUGUGAUAAUGAGACAUAUGCUGGUUUGUUGCCAACUAAUUUUGAAGGCGUCCCUAUGGUUGGGUUGGAUGCAAUGAAACACGCAAAUUCUACCCUUGAGGAUUUUUGCAGGUCCUAUUUCAUGUUUCACGGAAUGGACGUAAACAGACCACAGUCAAUAUUCAAAUAUUUACCUGUGCUUUAUUUCACAGGAAGUUUUCUAUAUCAGCUGGAUUGUUUAAAUGAGAAGAUACUGAAUCUACACACCAGUGGAGUUUCUGUUUCAGAAAGAGGAUGCAAGGAAGGACAUCAGAGAUUGAUUACUAAGUUCACAGAUGCACUUCAAAGCAACCCAUUUAGACCACUUACGGGUCUACUUGAAUUUCAUGGUCUUUUGACAGAGAGGAUAAGAGAAGAAUUUAAGUCUGCAGAAGAGUAUUGGCCUUUGGAAAGAAAGCUUUGUAGUCCUCUAAUGAACAAAGACGAGAUCUCCAUUGAAGAUGUGAUGAGGGCAAUUCAUCUAAAAUCAUCUGAUUAUCGAAUUCUAAAUCUUCUUCUAUAUCAGUUGAGAGGAGAAAAGGUUAAUGAUUUGCAUAUGGAAUUUCUAUCAGUCGUAGAAUUCCUGGUGGAGGUAUCCGAUGAUCUGAUUGACUAUGAGGAUGAUGUACUAAAGAACAGUUUCAAUGUUUUGCGUAUGUUCGUCAAAAUAUAUGGAGCUUCAAGAGCCCCAACUAUGCUGGUGAAAUACAUUACUGAGGCUGAGCAGAAGUAUGACAGUUUAUUGAAAACCUUGGAUCCCCAACUAGCUUUGAAUUACCAGAAAAGACGUGAUGAAGUCAUUGAAGAAGGUGGGAAGAUAUAUGGACAAGAUCUUCGAACAUGGAGCAUGCCUAAUGUGAUUGUAGAUGAGGAAUUAUAUCGCUCUAAUUUCACAAAUUCUAAAUGAACAGACAUAUCUGGGUAGAGAUGGUUCAUGGUUGAAUAAAAAGGGGUGAAAUCUCUAGACUUUUACCAUCUGAUUGAUGUAAUUUGCGAUUUUCGCCCAUGUUUUUGAAUUAUGUUCAUUACCAACUGGUAUUUAUCUUACCGGUACGUAAUUCGGUGCAUUGUAACUCCCUGUUCCAUAUAGGCUCAAAUACCCUACAAGAGUACCAAGGUGUUCUGGA